UAAACGUACGGACGAAUUUGGUUACGGAAGGAUUACGGAGAGACGUGGGCUGCUUUGGUUGGUUGGAGUUUGAUCCCCUCCUGAAAAACCGGAUCAGAUUUUUGAUUUCCACUAGUGCUUUGUGAGUCCGUAAGAGUUUUAUGUAAAAGAUUUAUGUACAUGUAGCAUUACUCAUCUCGCUCUGUACCUGCCGUGCCGCUCCGUGCGUAUGUACGUGUCCGUAGUGUACUCGUGUCGAUCGACGCGCCGCCGUUUCUGCCGCUCCGGUGACGUGCUGCCCUUUACGGGGAGCACCCGUCGCCGCCGUCUCUAUCCGAAUCUUUUUGACAUCAUCAUCCCAGCCCAUACGAAAAGAUCCGAAUCCAUACGGAGCUGCUGGAGGAGUACGCGGCGGCGGUGCGGCGGGUGGCGUGCGGGCUGCUGGAGCUGAUGGCGGAGGGGCUCGGGAUUGAGCCGGCGGACGCGAUCUCCCGGCUGGUGGCGGACCCGGAGAGCGACAACAUGCUCCGGGUGAACCACUACCCGCCGGCCCCGCGGCCGGAGCAGCAGGCGGGGAGGCUGCUGACGGGGUUCGGCGAGCACACGGACCCGCAAAUCAUCUCCGUGCUCCGCUCCAACGGCACCACCGGGCUCGAGAUCGCGGGGCGCGACGGCGCUUGGGCCUCCGUGCCGCCCGACGCCGACUCCUUCUUCAUCAACGUCGGCGACGCCCUCCAGGUGUUGACGAACGGGAGGUUCAGGAGCGUGAAGCACAGAGUGGUGGUGAGCAGCGAGAGGUCCAGGGUGUCCAUGAUCUUCUUGGGCGGCCCACCGCCCGGCGCAAGGCUGGCGCCGCUGCCGCAGCUACUGGGGGACGGCGGCGGCCGGAGCCGGUACAGGGAGUUCACCUGGAAGGAGUACAAGAGCUGCAGCCACAGGGGCAGGCUCGUCGACGACCGCCUCCGCCCCUUCGAGAACUAGCCGCCUCUACCGGCCAGUCUGACGUGGUAGCUACCUUGUGUGUGCCGCGGCCGGUGUGCGUGCGUUCUUCCGCAGGUUGCAGCUCCUUAGUAAUUUGUGAUUAUGUGGUGUUGUCGUGUUGAUAAGGUGCCUAGCUAGGCCUAGUAUACGUGUGUGUGAGAUCCAUAUAGCAAGGAGUACACAGUACUGUGGUU